AUGACUUCCAACACCGCCGGGACUGCCUCAACAGGCUUAACAGUGCGCAUGUCACAUGAACCCAUCACUCGGCCCACCGACACACCCAAUUUCAUUGACAAUAAUUUCAUAGCCUCCAAGGCAACUGAGUGGAUUCCCCUCUUUGAUCCAGCUACGAACAAUCUUGUCACCCGUGUCCCUCAGUCCACCCCUGAGGAACUCUCUGCGGCAGUUUCCUCUGCUCAAAAGGCAUUUCCGGCAUGGCGGGGAAUGAGUAUCAUUGCCCGACAGCAGAUACUAUUCCGCUUUACACAUCUCAUCAAAGAAAGCUGGGACCGCCUAGCUGCAUCGAUUACUUUGGAGCAAGGAAAAACGUUCAAAGACGCCAGAGGAGACGUCCUACGUGGACUACAGGUGGCUGAGACUGCCUGUGGUAUCACUACUCAGCUUCCUGGGGAGGUUCUCGAAGUUGCUCGAGACAUGGAAACAAGAAGCUAUCGAGAGCCCCUUGGUGUUGUCGCUGCUAUCUGUCCAUUCAAUUUUCCUGCGAUGAUUCCCCUCUGGUGUAUUCCGAUUGCGGUUGUUACUGGAAACACGAUGGUUUUGAAGCCGUCCGAAAGAGAUCCUGGCGCUGCUUUGAUUCUUGCCGAACUUGCUCGAGAGGCAGGGUUCCCUAAAGGAGUCUUGAAUAUCAUCCAUGGUUCUGUUGACACUGUCAACUUCAUCCUUGACGAGCCCGCAAUUCGCGCAAUCAGCUUCGUCGGUAGCAAUCGCGCUGGAGAAUAUAUCUACUCUAGGGGCUCGGCUAAUGGGAAACGAGUCCAGGCGAAUCUCGGCGCAAAGAACCAUGCCGUCCUUCUCCCAGACGCAGACAAAAAUGCCGCUCUCGAUGCCAUCGUUGGUGCUGCCUUUGGGGCUGCAGGGCAGCGUUGCAUGGCAUUGAGUGUACUUGUUACAGUUGGUGAGAGCUCCGGUUAUAUACCCGAACUUGUUGAGAAGGCUCGAGCGCUGGUUGUGUCUGCCGGCUUUGACAAAAACGCCGACGUUGGUCCCGUUAUUAGUCCCGCAAGCAUGGCUAGGAUUGAGUCCAUAGUCGCCAGUGCUGAACGUGACGGGGCGACAAUCGUCCUGGAUGGCAGAGGGUACAAACCACCGAAUUUCCCCAAUGGUAACUUUGUGGCACCCACGGUUAUUACAAACGUAAAAACGAACAUGGAAUGUUACAGGGAGGAGAUAUUCGGCCCCGUUUUGGUUUGUAUUUCUGUACAGACACUCGAAGAAGCUAUCAAACUUCUGAAUUCGAAUGAGUAUGGCAACGGUGCAUGUAUUUUUACCAAGUCAGGCGUAUCAGCUUCAUAUUUCCAAAAAAAUAUCGAAGCUGGACAAGUCGGCAUCAAUGUCCCACUCCCGGUCCCACUUCCCAUGUUCUCCUUCACGGGGAAUAAGAAGAGCAUCGCAGGCGGGGGUGCAAGUACAUUUUACGGAAAGCCUGGAUUGAUGUUCUACACCCAGCAGAAAACGGUCACUAGCCUUUGGCGCCGAGAGAAUGUCGAUGCGGGCAAACAGGUUGUCAUGCCCUCUCACCUGUGA